AUGGAUAGAUCAAAACUUUUCCAUUGUGAUGUCUGUUCUCUGGACUGCACUCACAGAAUACGAAUAAAAUGUGCCAUUUGCACGGACUACGACCUUUGUGUGCCAUGUUUUGCAUCUGGCUCAGCUACCCUAGACCAUAAGCCCUGGCAUGACUAUCAGGUUAUCGAGCAAAAUACGUACCCAAUUUUUGAAGAAUCUUGGGGAGCCGAUGAGGAAUUGCUAUUGAUUCAAGGUUGUGAAACCUUUGGUCUUGGUAAUUGGCAAGAUAUCGCUGAUCACAUCGGUAAUAGAUCCAGAGAGGAAGUUGCACAGCACUAUCAGGAAAUCUAUCUAGAUUCCAGUGAGUACCCUCUUCCCGAAAUGAACAAGGAUUUCUCUCAUAUUCAACCCCAAGAAUUCUUACAGAAAAGAAAAAGGCGCAUGGAGGAAAGGAAGAAUAUGCCUUUACCACCUCCCAAACUCAAGCCUGCUGCAUCAGUACCCUUGUGUCACGAAAUUCAAGGUUACAUGCCUGGUAGAUUGGAGUUCGAUCAUGAGGCCGAAAACGAAGCAGAAGUUCCUAUCAAAGAUAUGGUCUUUGAUCCAGAUGAUUCAGCUGGUGAUAUCGAGCUCAAGCUCACGGCUUUGGAUAUUUACAACUUCAGGUUGACGACACGUGCAGAGAGAAAACGUGUUCUUAUCGCCAAUAACUUACUUGAAUACCGUAAGAAUAUCUCGAACGAUAAGAAGAAGUCGAAGGAAGAGAAGGAGUAUUUGCGUAAGAUAAACGCUUUUAUUCGUGUGAUGACACCAGAGGAUUUCAAUCAAUUCUCUGAAGAUAUUCUUACCGAGCUACGAUGCCGAAUCAGGAUCCAGCAACUCCAGAGUUGGCGAAGAAACGGUAUCACCACCAUGGAGGACGGAAGCAGGUUUGAAAAAGAUAAACUAAUAAGGCAAGCCCAUUAUCAGAGAAUGGGCAACGGCUCUGGUCUUGCUGCAAGAAAUGCCGCUGCUGCACUGGCUGUCAGCAACGGAACUCGCAAGUUGAACACCCCACAACCAGAAUACAAGCCCAAGAUCAACACUUCUAAUCCCAGGGCACCACUCGAUAUUUCUCAUGCUACAGACUUCGAGCUUCUUUCUCGUGAAGAAAAACAGCUUUGCUCUACACUCCGGAUUCUACCAAAGCCAUAUCUUGCAAUCAAGAAUCAAUUGAUGAAAGAGGCGAUCAAAAAUAAUGGCACGUUGAAAAAGAAAGAUGCCAGACUGUUUUUGAAAAUUGAUGUUAACAAAGCAUCCAAAAUUUACGAAUUUUUCGUUCAAAUGGGCUGGUGUUCGCAAGGCUAG